AUGACGACCGAGAGCUCCCAGCAACAUUCAGAUGCAUCCAGUCUCAUGCGCUGCAGUCCAACUGCAACUCUCCUGAGCGCACAGCCAGUGAUGGAGAGCACGCACAAUGCAUCAAGCAAAGGAAAAAAGGGAAACUCUGGCUUGAGGCGCCCUGAAAAGCCCCCCUACUCAUAUAUUGCCCUCAUUGUGAUGGCAAUUCAAAGCUCGCCGACCAAAAGGCUUACUCUGAGUGAAAUUUAUCAGUUCCUGCAGGCCCGAUUCCCUUUCUUUAGGGGAUCAUACCAGGGAUGGAAAAACUCCGUCAGACACAAUCUGUCUCUGAACGAAUGUUUUAUAAAGCUGCCGAAGGGUCUCGGCAGACCUGGCAAGGGCCACUACUGGACCAUUGACCCAGGUAGCGAGUUUAUGUUCGAGGAGGGCUCCUUUCGCCGCAGACCUCGGGGGUUCCGUAGGAAAUGUCAAGCUCUGAAACCAAUGUACAGGAUGAUGAAUGGUAUCGGAUUUGGUGCGUCUAUGCUACCGCAAACCUUUGAUUUCCAGUCACCGUCAGGCUCAUUAGCAUGUCACAAUAGCUACAACAUAGACUUGAUGGGUACUGCUGUGCCAGGGGGCUACGAGGGACUCGGAGGGGGGCAUCACGUCCCACAUAUGUCAUCAAGCUCCGGGUCAUCGUACAUGGCUGCAUGUCAGGUGGCUUCUAACGCGGACUACUGCCCGGAUAGCAGUAGCAGCCCCCUGCAGUCCUCCCCAGCAAUGAUAGGCACUUUGGACUGUCAGUCGCCCUAUGCAAAUGCAGCCUCACACUGGAGUUCACCUGGUGUGUCUUCAUAUAUCAAACAGCAGUCACUGGCAUCAAGCAGCCCCACUUCUUCUGCUCUGCACAAUGGGAUGUCAUCUUACUCUCUGGAUCAAGGUUAUCUGCACCAUAAUGCACGAGAUUCUCCGGACGUUUCAGUGGGACUGUCUCGAUAUUCCAGCCACUCGGCCCCUGUGUGUGACAGGAAGGAUUUCGUUUUGAACCUGAAUGGGAUCUCUUCUUUGCAUCCCAGCAGCGGUGGAUCUUACUAUCACCAGCUUCAUCACCAUCACCAGAGUGUCUAUCAGGAUGUCAAGCCAUGUGUUAUGUGA